UUAUUUUGCUGCAACCUGAUAAAACCUGUUCCUUGUUUUGUGUGAGCUCAAUCCAGCACACUGUCAAGACAUCGAGACGCUGAGCAAACUGUUCGGGCAUACUUGAACAUCAUAAUGGAUCACCCUUUGAAAACCUUUGCCAGUGUAGAGGAACCAUCGCUUCAUCAGAACAACCGUACAAGCAAGACAGAACAAUCUGAACAUAUUUACGCAAAUGAAGACGUGAACCAGGCUCAUGAGGCAAAAAGAACCGGACCUGCACUCUCAGGCUUUGUAGAUGUGAAGAAGAGUUCCUCCUGCAGAGACGCUGCAGUGUUUCUGUGUCUGCUGUGUCUUCUCCUGAUCGGACUCUCUCUGACUCUUGUUCUCCUAUACAUUAAAGGCAACUCUGAACAAGACCAGUUACAGACCAGCUACAACAACGUGACCAAAGAACGAGACCAGUUACAGACCAGCUACAACAACCUGACCAAAGAACGAGACCAGUUACAGACCAGGUACAACAACGUGACCAAAGAACGAGACCAGUUACAGACCAGCUACAACAACGUGACCAAAGAACGAGACCAGUUACAGACCAGCUACAACAACGUGACCAAAGAACGAGACCAGUUACAGACCAGCUACAAUGAUUUGACCAGAGAACGAGACCAGUUACAGACCAGCUACAAUGAUUUGACCAGAGAACGAGACCGGUUACAGACCAGCUACAACGAUUUGACCAAAGAACGAGACCAGUUACAGACCAGCUACAACAACGUGACCAAAGAACGAGACCAGUUACAGACCAGCUACAACAACGUGACCAAAGAACAAGACCAGUUACAGACCAGCUACAACGAUUUGAUCAAAGAACGAGACCAGUUACAGACCAGCUACAACAACGUGACUAAAGAACGAGACCAGUUACAGACCAGCUACAACAAAGUGACCAAAGAACGAGACCAGUUACAGACCAGCUACAACAAUUUGACCAAAGAACGAGACCAGUUACAGACCAGCUACAACGAUUUGACCAAAGAACGAGACCAGUUACAGAGCACCUACAACGGUUUGACCAAAGAACGAGACCAGUUACAGACCAGCUACAAUGAUUUGACCAAAGAACGAGACCAGUUACAGACCAGUUACAACAACGUGACCAAAGAACGAGACCAGUUACAGAUCAGCUACAACAACAUUACCAAAGAACGAGACCAGUUACAGAUCAGUUACAACAACAUUACCAAAGAACGAGACCAGUUACAGACCAGCUACAACGAUUUGACCAAAGAACAAGACCAGCUCCCAAAGAAAUUUGAUGACAUCGCCAAAGAGAAAGAUUUUCUGGAGAAAAAACUUCAAGGAUUGGGAUGGAUGUAUUUCAACGGUAGCCUCUAUUACAUUUCUUCUCUGCGAAAGUCCUGGCAACAAAGUAGAGAUGACUGUCUGCAGAGAGGUGCAGACCUGGUGAUUAUCAACAGCCAAGAAGAACAGGAUUUCCUAAAUAGUUUAAAGAGGCGCGUGUGGAUUGGACUGACUGACAGCGAGACAGAGGGGACAUGGAAAUGGGUGGAUGGGACUCCGCUGAUCACAAGUUACUGGGGUCCAAAUGAACCGAACAAUGCACAUGGGGGAGAAGACUGUGGUGAACUCUACAUAUAUCGUCCUCCAUAUAAAAACUGGAAUGAUUCUAAAUGUGACCUUGCAUAUCCCUUUAUCUGUGAGAGCACAUUAGCUUGAUAACUCUGCAGUUAUAUAAAAGGCGGGAGGGGGGAGAUACUCUGCGUCACAUUUCUCACUUUCAGCUUUAAUUGCCAAGACAGAACUAACAUAAUGCUUAGCACGCUACAUAUCUGUGAGUGUCUCAUUACCACACAGACAUUCACACAGCUGCAAGAGAAACUUGAUUCAGUGAUGUAUACUUCUAAAAAUUGCUUAAUGCUCUUUAUUGUAACAUUUAUACACAAAGUACAAUAAAAUGAAUAUACUG